AUGACCGAGCGCAAAAGAUACCUCGGCGCGGAUGACUUCAAUCAAGGCCUUCGCGCUCUCGAUCGUCAAAUGGGUCGCAGCGCCUGGCUCACUGCAUUCGCGCCGAUCAGACUCGUCUCCGCCGGGGUAUUUCUUGCAGUGACCUAUCUCAAGAAUCGCGACAGCACGGGUGAUAUAGACUACUUGAUCGAACCGGAAUUCGCUCAGGACAAGGACAUCCAAUAUGCCCUAAAGGAGGCCGUCGCUUCCGUAGCAGAACAGCUUGCCUACAACGAUGAUUGGAUCAAUGAGGCGAUGGCCAUCUUUGUCACCAAGGAAGCACGAGAGUCUCUGUUUGAGCAGGCUGAGAAGCAGGAUAUUAUACUGUUCAAGGGAGAAAACCUCGAAAUCCUUGCUGCGCCACUCGAAUGGUCUCUUGAACGUAAGCUACGGAGAAUCUAUACUGGGAACCGGGACCGAAAGGCGCAAUUGGAUAUGGCUGAUGCAGUUGCCCUUUUGAAGCAGUUGAGAGAAAGGAAUAAAGGUCCACUCAAUGCAGAAUCCAUCCGAACGAUGAAUCUCAACGGAUUCGAUGUGAGCCCUGAUUAUGGGACCAUGCAGCGAGUGGCCGAUGCCUAUCGCAGCACAUAUAACGAGGAGAUCUUCAACUAG